GUUUGGGAUUGAAGCCUUGUAGAAGGCGUAUGCGUGUAUGAGGUUGUAGAAGGGAUUGAACUUGGAGGAAAUCAGCUCGUUGGAGUAGAAAGAUGUCUGAGGGAAGGUAUUUUGUGAGUGAUUGCGAGCCGUGUGACAGCAGCAGCCAGAGGAGCCAGAGCAGCAUGAUCUCCACUCAGCUGAGGGACAUGGAGGACACGACGGAGCACAGUGUGGAGUAUGAGAAGUGCUCUGUGUUUCACUGUGCUCAUUAUAAGUGCAACCUGGUGCUGGGCGACUCUUUAGGAGCCUGUGGGGAGGUCAAGAGUCUCAAGUCCGUUAUCUGUCUCAAAAUCAGCAAGGAUGUAAGAGUGAGAGGAAAGCUCGAGAUGAGCAAGGAGGGUCCUCUUAAAUUUUGCACUUACAAAGCCCUGGAAUGUUGCGGCUGUCGUCGUCUUGUCGGGUUUGUGCUCCACUCCACGCCGCAUCACCUGUCCUCUCUGCGAGGCCUCUUCCUCUUGCUGAAAGAAGCCAUCAACUGCUACAUGCUUAAAAGCUGCAUCAUUGUGAAAGCUUCCAAACUCAGCUUUGACCACAGACUGCUGGGAAGAAGCAUCAAUGAGAUGAAGCAGGACCUGGAAGCUCAGCUGAAGCACGUGAACCUCCUGAAGGACAUGUUGGACGACAGCAGACUGGGACACGGAAGUCAUCUUCCUCUGUCCUCCACCGUCUCCGAUUAGCGUCUCAGACUGUUGUUCAUAAGAUUCCCAUAACAGCGUGUUUAUGCUUGUGUUGCGUACGAUUUGCGGUUUGUUUGUUUGCUUUAUUUGUGUUAUUAGAAAAAAUAGCUGUUUUGCUGAAUUUGUGUUGUACAUUUUUUCAGAUUAAAUAAAAUAUUCAUAUUGUUUCA